AUGGGAAUCCCAAGAUUUCACAUGCCAAAUCCAACCACAUGUCCAGAUUGUCAUGCCCGUUUGUUCUCUCAUGAAACAUUUGAAAUGUGUUGCUUACGUGGAAAGCUUGCUCUACCAUUGACACCAUCCCCUCCUGAAAUGACUGAGCUUUUUUGCAACCAAUCUGCCCAGGGAAGACAUUUUAGGCAGAAUAUACGAGCUUACAACCACAUUUUUGCCUUCACAUCAAUGGGAGUUCAUGUUGACGAAAACCUAGCAACAGGAAGACGUGGUAUUUACACAUUUCGUGCUCAAGGUUCCAUAUACCAUAAGAUUGGAAGUCUCUUGCCUAUUGGAGAUAGUAGACCAAGAUUCCUACAAAUGUAUAUAUAUGACACUGCUCAUGAAAUAGACAAUCGGAUGAGAGAAAGUGAAGCACUAAACAGAGAUGUGGUUGAAAAAAUCCAACAAAUCUUGAAUCAAUAUAAUCCAUUUGUGCAAACAUUUCACCACCUUGCACAAUGUCAAGAUUUGCAAAGUUGUAGAUUGAUUAUCAAGGAGCAGCCCACGAAUCAACGACAAUAUUGUCUACCGUCUGCAUCUCAGGUUGCUGCAAUCAUAGUAGGUGGUGAAGGAUCAGAAAACAUUAGAGGUCGAGAUAUUGUUGUGCAAACUACGGAUGGUCAACUUAAGAGUAUCAAAGAUUGUGUCGGCUACUAUGACCCUUUACAAUAUCCAUUGUUGUUACCUUAUGGAACGUACGGAUGGGAUGUGAAUACUCGAAAUAAUACCAACAGAAAAGUGACAUGCUGUGACUAUUAUUCGUAUGUUCUUCAGAUCCGUCAACAUGAUGAAUCGCUUCUACUUCGUGGUGGCCGCGUAUUGCAGCAAUAUGUAGUUGACAACUACGUAAAGAUCGAAUCACAAAAGCUUAGAUGGAUGCGUGAUAAUCAACACACAAUUCGAUCUGAAUUUUAUCGAGGACUACAAGACUCAUUAAUUGCAGGACAAAAUAAUGCAGGAAACAUUGGUCGUCGUAGGACUAUAUUACCAUCAUCUUUUGUUGGUAGUCCCCGUGACAUGUAUCAAAGGUAUCAAGAUGCAAUGACUUUGGUGCAAAAAUAUGGAAGACCAGAUAUUUUCCUAACAAUGACAUGUAAUCCAAAUUGGGAAGAAAUAAGUGAUGAGCUACUACCUGGCCAAGCACCACAAGAUCGACCAGAUUUGCUUACAAGGGUUUUUCGUGCAAAAUUCGAACAGUUGAAGAAUGAUGUUAUAAAAAAAAGUGUUUUAGGCAGAGUUCUUGCGUAUGUAUAUGUCAUUGAGUUUCAAAAGCGCGGUCUCCCCCAUGUUCACAUGCUUCUCAUGUUAGAAGAAAAUGAUAAGCUUAAUAGUCCAGAUGAUUAUGAUCAAAUGGUACGUGCUGAAAUACCAAUUCCAAAUGAAGAGCCUGAAUUGUAUGGUGCCGUGUUAAGGCAUAUGAUACAUGGUCUAUGUGGAAUACACAAUUCACGAUCACCUUGUAUGAAACGUGGUAGUUGUAAACGAAAUUAUCCUAAGCCAUUUGCACCAACUACAGUUCAAGGAAUGAUUCUUAUCCAGUCUAUCGUAGAAGAGACAAUCAUAAUCCAGUCCCAUUAG